UUGCUCUGUCUGUUUUGGUUGAGUCACCUCUGACCAUGCCUUACUGAUUGAUUAUAGGCAGGAAAGAAAACCAGCAGAAAUCAUGCAGACGAUAAUUCUGGCAACAAAUUGAGGAAUUAUUCGAGUUGUGCGUGACAAACAUUAAUAUAUUUAAUCGGUUUGGUGGUGUAACGAACGAUUUGUGAAAAUGAUGAAGGAAGAAGAAAUGGAUAGGUUUCAAGUACCCCCUGUUACAGAGACAGAGACACAGCCCCUGCAGGACCCAGCAGCUUCCUCCACAUCUUCGGCUGACUCUGACACACGGGAAGGGGAAACGGUGGCCAUGAACUACAAGCCCUCCCCUCUGCAAAUGAAAAUAGAGAAACAGAGAGAGCUGGCCAGGAAGGGAUCAGUUAAGAAUGGCACCGUGGGGAGCCCUGUCAACCAACAACCCAAGAAGAACAACGUUAUGGCCAGAACACGAUUGGUGGUGCCAAACAAAGGCUACUCUUCUUUAGACCAGACCAGCCCGGACGAGAAGCCCCUUGUGGCGCUGGACACAGACAGUGACGAUGACUUUGACAUGUCCAGAUACUCUUCAUCUGGAUACUCCUCAGCCGAGGUGAGAUGUCUGAGGGACCAGCAGAUCAACCAGGACCUUAAUAUCCAGCUCUUGAAGGACGGUUAUCGGCUGGAUGAGAUCCCAGACGAUGAGGAUCUAGAUCUAAUCCCUCCUAAAUCGGUGAACCCGACCUGCAUGUGCUGCCAAGCCACCUCCUCCUCAGCCUGCCAGAUCCAGUAGCCCCACCCAUAAUACAUGUCUGACUCCACCCCCUUGCAGUGAACUAACAUCACCAUUGGGGUGGUAACAGGAAGGAAGAGGAUUUAAAGAUCAUAUUGGGACAAACCCCCCCCCCCCCCCCUUGAAAAAAUAGGUCUAUUGAAUUUGUGUGAAUAUGGUAUGGGAGUAAAUGCACAAAAGAUGCGCUGAGAUUUCCUCCUAUGGUAGGAUAUGUGUAUACUUUUGUCCGUUACAUUCCAGUCACGUACAAGGGUCUUUUUGUUUGAGUUAUAUUCCAAGGCAGCUGUACCCUGUUUUAUCUUGGAAUAAAACAUGAUGGCAAGGGAUGUACUGAAGAUUGUUUCCAAGUUAACCUGAAAGUCUUUGUUGCUGUUUUGGUAUAUAUGGGGCCAUUAAGAGUGAAUGUACUUCAAGCUUGGAAAAAUAACCAACGUUGCAUUGGACAGAAUGAAGCUUUGUCUGAGUGUCUAGCAUGUCCAAAAUCUCACUUGUUCAGUAUGAAAUCCUUUAGAAGAUUUAAGAAAAUCCCACCAGGGAAUCACAAAUAUGUUUCAAGCACCUCACAAGGUAAAUGCCAUAUGAGUUUUUAUGACUUGACUGGAUCUGCUACAGGUGUUACUUCUCCAUUGUUUUUCUGCUCCAAUGUUGCUUUUCUCUGCUGUAGUGAGAAGUGUCUAACAUGGAGGCAAGGUGCUAGAUGUGUUUGUGCUGUUUUAGCAAACGGUCAGGAUGAGAAUCAGCAAUCUUUGGCCAAGCUAGUUCAUCCUCCACCUAGUGCCAAUUGACUAGGUGUAUGUUCUUGUGUAGUACUGAGUUCAUAGGUCAUACACAGCCUGGUACUUAAUCGCUGAAACACAGAAGUUAAAUGUGUAGGUAUAUGGUCACUUACAUGCAUAAUCUUCUCCUGGGAGAUUGCUUAGUUCUACAUCUGUUUGCUUUUUUUGCACAUUGUUCAGCAUUACAAUUACCGCAGGAAUUUUCAAAACAGCAUAAAUUGAUCUGGGACCAGGCUAGUUAUGCUGGUGAAGACCUAUUUGUGUUUUGUUGACAUUCUGCAAUGUCCACAUCAAAUUAAUUUAACUUAUUUUCUAUAACACUAAAAGGUUUCAAUUACUCCUCAAAAUCAUUGUGUAUUAUUAGAUCAUCCUUAUAUGUUUACUCCUUUUUAAUUACAUUUUAUGCUGUCUUCACUUAUACUGUUGUACUUCCGAUUGUGAUACUUUUGGUGUUAAUUGCUUUGAACAGUUGUUUUUGUUGUUAUUAUUAUACACAUCAGAAAUGCUAAUUGUCCAAUGUGCUCAGUAGGAUUAACAUGCUAACACAACCAUGUGCUAACGGGUACCGUACCUGCAUUACUGUAACACUAUGUCCUUGUCCUGGCACCUAGUGGUUGUAGGUACUGUAGUUUAACUGUGCCAAAGGCUUACUCCCUUCUUGGUGGAGUCCUUAUUGUGUCUGUAAUGCCCAUGACAGUUGUCAAGAGAUGGUGUUAAAUUAUUGUAUCAAUAUACCAGUUGACAUGGGAACGUGUCUUGAGUUCCAGAGAAGGGAUGAUACCAUUGCACCUGUACAAAUGAUACAGUCCACACACACACACUCACACACACACAGAGCCUGUGUCUUCCUUUAGUGCUUCCAGAAGUAGGCUAUACCCCCAUCUUGUGCUUAUUUCACUGCUAGCAGCCAGUCGUAGCUGAGUGGUCCAAACUGAAACCACGCUACGUGGUAUCCAUAGAAACCACCGAGGGCGGAUCAGUGUGAAAUGUUUCUGGCAACACGUUGAAAGGGAGCCAUACAAGACUGUAUAUAGCAUAGUGUAUGUACAGGAAGGGAUGGAUGUUGUGCUUUUGGUCACGUUACCUAAUGCAUUCCACUGUAGUUAGUGUAUGAUGUGAAUAGGUUUUGGUCUAGUGUCAACUAACACAGAUUAUGGACAAAUGUAGCCCAAGCAGGUCAAUGCAAAACAAUGGAAAUGCUCACUGUUUAUUGCAACAUUGGGCUCUGUUUCAUUUCUGUUCCCGUAUGUUAAGAGAGUACACACAAUUAUCUUGUUUUCAAUUCUGUUUUCAAUUCUCUUAAAUGCUUUGCAAUGAGGGAAAUGUUUACUUCCAAUUUGAGAUUGAUUCUCUUUAUUGACUGGACAUUAAAUUAAAUCGAGCCCAACCCUGGUUUAUAAUCUGUUAAAAACAUGGUAUCACUGUGUUCAGUAGGCCUAAUGUGAAAGCACCCUUUGCCUAGAUCAUUUAAGGACAUAUUGUAUCUUCUAAAUGGCAAAUGCAAUGGCAAUGUAUACCUGCUUUAGCUUAGCUCUCAGUGCUACAUUCCCCUGUCAUGCUCACAAAUUGGCACUCCCUCUCAUCCCUGAGUUGCCUUGAGUAUGCCUUAAACAAUGCAUUGUAGUGGAAGAUAUUUAUUGCCAGUGGUAUGUUUUAUUUAAGAUAAUAAUAAUAAUAAUAAUAAUAGGAAAGUAAGCAUUUUAAGAUGGACACAGUGCGCAACAUUUCUGUCUGUGAAAUUGCACUGAAAUCCUAAGGAGUACUCACAAGUGUUACGUUUUGAAGUGCCGUUUUGCGGAUGUCCUGUGUGGUCCAUAUGUUAUGGUUUUAUUCUUCAGAUGCUUAUUGUGAUUGUAAUGAAGAUGUGAACAAUUUACAUUUCAGUAUGUAACAGUGUUAUGGUUAUUUGUCAUGUCUAUAAAUAAAUAUAAUUUGUCUCAAUGAAA